CCCGUACAAUAGGGGGGGGCAACCCUGACUGCCAGACUUGAUCCAUGCUUUUUUUUGUUGCUCGGUUAUACUGUACUUGUACGCUCAAGUGGCGGGGAAAGCCUGGGGGUGUUUCGAAAUUUGUUUUUCUUGCUUUAUACAUCUGGUCACCCCCGGCCAUUGCUGGUCAGAGAGAAAGAGAGGAAAAGAGAAAGAGAAGCGAAGGCUACGCGAGGAAAGGCGGACGACCCUCUCCCCAAGCCGACUUUGCUCUUUUCUUUUUGACGACAAAUUCCCCGCCGAAAAGCAAAACGUGGUUGAGCGUGGAACUUUCGACUGUCAAGUGUCAAGAGCGCGGGAACGGACCUCGUUCUCGCGAGGAUGCAGAUUGGCGGCGAUGGACCGCUCUGCAUUGCGGUGCUGUGGUCCAUGGCCUUUGUCGUCACCCUUUUCCUCUUUCUUCGAUUAUACACGCGCAUCGUCUGCGUGGCGGCGUACGGCACCGACGAUCACUUUUACGCCAUAUCAUGGGUCCUCACACUAGGCUACAGCAUCAUGGGAACCGUGGCCGCGAUCCACGGCUACGGACGGGAUGAUCUCACGGCGCCAGAGGACGUUGAAGCGACGUAUUACCGCAUGAUCGCGCAAUCAUUCUCCCUUCUAGCGACGGGAACAUCCAAGGCGUCGGUCGGUUUCUUCCUGCUGAGACUUGUCGUCGUACGGUGGCAAAUCAUCUCCAUCUGGGCCAUCAUGUCCGUCAUGGGCAUCUUGAGUAUUCUGGGCACCAUCGCCGUGGAUAUUUACUUUGCCGUCCUUCCCUGGAUCUUCAUCUUCAAGCUCAACCUGUCACGCCGGGAAAAGCUGACCAUCGCCGGCAGUCUGAGCCUGGGCAUCUUAGCCGCUGCCGCAGGAGGCAUCCGCGUCAUGAACGUCAAGGGGGUCCGUGACGUGCCCGUGGCCGUGAUCGUGUGGUCCCAGGUCGAGACAUCCCUGACGCUCAUCUGCGUCGGCAUACCCGUGUGCCGUCCACUGUGGUCACGGGUCAUCGGCAAGUGGUGGCAGUCGCGGCAUGGCGAGUCGUACGAGCGGCAAAACGACGCCCGCGACCCGCCAUCCGACCCCAUCGGUUUGCAUACGAUUGGCGGCGGCACCAUGCCCGGCGUGCCCUCCAAGUCGCAGGAGUCGAAGAAGAAGCGGUGGAACCCGCUGACGGGGAGCGGCAGCAGGGGGGACGACGGUGACAGCGACGAGGUCGAUCUCACGGCGAACGUUGCACCAAGGGGCCGGAGUGGACGCGAUACCGACUCGCAGGGCGAAAGCCAGAGCGGACACGAAGUCAAGGAGGCGUGGGUACGGGGGGAUGCCAUGACACGGUCGACGGUGGAGGGGCGGUCUCCAAGUCCUGGUGUGGCUCUGGAGGAUGCAAAGUCGGGUAUCAUGAUGUGUAAGACGUAUGAUGUAACUCGGUAG